GAAAAGAACAAGUUACAACAUCGAGGGACAUUAAUGAUUUUGAUUUUUAUGUUCAUCCUGCUGUUGGAGAAGACAAAGAUGAAGAAAAUACCUCGGGACUGAUAAUUUUUGAUCGAGGGGGAAUGCUAUGCAUGUUGUUAAACUUAACUAGUCGAUUCAAGAACAUAAAAAUCUGCAUGUUGGAUAGCUCACCUCCGGAAGAUAGGAGCUGCAAUGGCAGGAGCCACAACACACAAGACAUAGGAGUAGGACGAGAAACAAUAAUAGAUAACCUGGUUACAAUAAAUCACAAGUAUGGCGAUGGCAUCAGCGCUAGGUCUUGGGACACGGGCAGCCGGUGCCCUGGCCCCACCGACAUUGAAUGCACCGACAAAGGACGGCCCGAAUCCAUUCUCUCAGUUUCGUCUCGGCGGCAAUCGCAGUGGGCCAGUAGUUUUAAGGCGAAAGAGAUUCGUGAAAGAUCUAAUGUGAAUAUUUUUCGCGAAAAGAAUUGUCUACUUUCUCAUCUAACUUUCGAUCAACAGGCAGUGGCAAUGCAGAGUCAAGCAGAGCUAGGUGUAUCAGCCACGUAUCCUGUUCCUGUGUCGAUGAGUGGAGCAGUACCUGCGUCGGCAUCGUCUGCUUCGGCUGUUAGGAAAGCGAGCCACCCACAAAGCUCGCUGACACAACAGCAACAGAUAGCGCUUCAAAUGCAGCAGCAGAACCUAGCAGUCAUGGCCGGUGGCGGUGGCCCGGCCUCAGCUAGUUCGAAUCGAAACAGCGCAAAUGGCGGGGGCGUCGGCAGCGGGGUGCCAGCAGUCCGGGAGCAGGUACUUGUACUGUAUAACUUGUGACGCAAAAUCACGUGUUCCGGUCAUCGUUGUGCUAGUUGUAACAAGAAAGUUCUUAAGUACACGACACGACUCAACUCAUCACUCAACAUCGCUUUGAUAAGAACGCAAUGAAAAAGUCGUAGUAGCUACUUUUAGUAUUUUUAGUUUUAGCAUAACUUUUGCACAUGCACUACAGGUACAGGUAGUACCAGCACCACAAGUUUCUGCGCCAGAUAUAGAUUUGCGAACGAUGUUGCGAGAUUUUUCGCAGACGCGACGGAACCGCCUCGCCCUUCAGCUACGCAUUAAGAGCCGCAAAGUGACAUCCUCUACUUCUUCUUCUUCACAUCUUUUUUUUCAUGCAGCAAUCAAAUAGAAAUUAUAUGAAGAUGUGUUUAGGUAAAAACUUUUAAUCAGAAAUUGUGCGAUGACGACGCCACCGAUGCGGAGAACGAACUCUUUUCAAAAAUAGAGACCCUCGUUGCGGCAAGAGUCGUUGCUAGUGGGAACAAGGUAUCAGUCUGACCAUUCUUUAAGAUCCACUAAACUGUUGAACAUAUCUUUCCCCAGAUCAUAUGGACAUCUGCUAAUAAAGAAUUUGGUGGACAAUGUCGCCCUUGUUGAAGAACUUGCUGGCGCCGGUUAUUUCCACCGACACACGACAUGAGUAAUUAACACGACACAAUUGUUUCCACCAAACACACAGUUCACUUUAUCGACAACGCCGACAUCGAUUCCAUUUCCAGCACAUUCGAAGUGCAACUUGCCACCGUUUUUUUGGCAGCCAUCGACUGACUACGAAGCAGAAUUUUCGAUAUCUGGGGAGCACAGUCACGUCGUCACUAAAGUCAAAGACUUUGAAGACAAAGGCUGGGUGAUUCCGGUAUUUGAUAGAUAAAGUGGUCCAUUAGAUUUAGAUAUUAUAAGAUAUUUAUACAUAGAUCUACUAUACAUUUAGUCUGAAGUUUUUGAUAUCCAUAUUAUCAUAUUGGUCAAUCUGAUUCGUGACACUCACAUACCUUUCUCUAGUGCAAUAAUCCAGGUUUCGGGUUCCCUGCGCAUGGUGCGUGGCGGGGUGUACAAAUGGACCCUACACAUAGUCACGAAGUGCCAUCAUAGGCCACAAAUGCAGUUCGGAAUACACUUAUGGAGUUGUUUCAGUUGUUUCCUCAACGUCUACUCUCUCUCCCAACCAUGUAUUUUUACAGUGAAAAGAAGUGUAUCUCAACAUCUACCCUAGGUCGUAUAUGCUAGCGGUAUAUGAUUGUACUUGUAGCACCACAAAAUGCAUAAGAGACAUUUUUUUCUUCAGAGAUCAAAUUGAAUAAUGAUACUCUUGCUCUUCAUAUCUCGGUGAAAAUCAUGAAAAGCCAUGGCGCCUGGUCACGACUUCUCGUUGUAGUAGGUCGCGAGACGACGACCCCUGGAGGGAUCGUCCCGGAGGCGACAAGUUGAUAGGUACUGAGUUUUUAAGAUAAGUACACAAAACGUCAAUGUGAGUUUAGAUGCAAAAAAUGGUGACGAUGGGCUAGUAGUAUGCCUUUCUUGCACCAAUGGGAAUCGAAAUGGUGUUGAUCCUCUAACUUGUUCCUUCUCUAAAUCUGUUCUACUUCUGUAGUUCUUGCUCCAUUUAUUUAGAAAGGUUUUUUAUUCAGUUUCACGACCACCCAACAGAUGAGGGUGAUUACGUGACAGUGAUUGUCGAUUUGCGAUCGACGCCUAACCCGGAAACGCAAACUGCCGCUAAUAGUUUUGGCAAAUUCCUCUACGCCGUUAAUGACGAAGCUCCGGAACUUGUCUUCGAUGAUCUUCCACUGACGACGCCCCUCAUGCCAGUGGUGUCAAUGGGUGGUGAUGCCUGUUCCAUAGAGUUGGUUUACUGAAGAUCACUACCUCGUCGUCUUCCUCUCCGAUACCAUAGAUGCAAAUGGCGAAGAGAGAUUGAUAUUACAGGAGUGAACCACAUCUGACUCGCGGAACCGGAACAAAUAGCAACGUGAAAUCUUUCAAACGUCCUUUUUAUCAUCCAGACACGAACUCGCGAAGUAAAAAGCCUCACAAAUAAAUGGCAUCACUCUUGUUCCCCUUGAAAACCUUAAUGAAUUUAUGGCAGAUACCUAGUGUUUGAGAUGCAACAAACUAUUUAUGAGUAACAUUCCGAUUUCUAUACAUGAAGAUGAUUAGAAGAAAAUGUUGUUGUCAUGUCGUGCCUGGUUCUUUCUCUAUUGAGAGAGGGCCUUGACUUCUUUGUGCAUAGGUAGUGCGCGUUGUUUACAUUCACUGGCAUCAUAAGAAAUAAAAUUUUCCUAUUGAUGUCUAUUGCUAAUUAGUUUAGAAAAGAAAAUAAAGGAGCUAGUCACAUGAUCAACAUGAUAAUAUCUCUUGAGGCAGUUGUUCUUUCUCUAUUAUAACCUACCCACUUGUUGGUCAACAAAAUGUUUAUGAGCAAUUAAAGUCGUAUUCCUGUUUCUGCGGUUCCAGACGCAAUAUACAACUCAAAAGAUAUAUGCAUCCUCGCAAAACACCUUCACGAAUUUCUAUUUCAAUAAUAUUGCCAUCAUUUUGUUCAUCGCUCAAUGUCGGUCAAAGGAUCGAUCUUUCCUUGUGUCGUAGGUAUACUAUGCAUAAUUGUAGUCGUACUACAAUGUUGUAGUAGAAGAAUCGCAUUCAUGCCGUGAAACUACGCAUGUUUUUGCUCGUGAAAUAGAUGGAUCGAUCUACAUGUACAAUUACAGCGCGAAGGCGAUUUACAACCUGCAUACAAGUUGUAAUUUUUUUUUCAUGGAUCACGAUGUCUUGUCAUAGUUCUUGCAACAAGGCCAAGGGAGAUUGAUAUUAGCCACUGAAAUCGCUCACGAGUUGGUUGCAAGAAACAUGCCUAUUUACAUAGACAAGCGACAUACAGAAAGUAAGCACUCGUUCUUUAGAGCAGCCUCCGGAAGCCAGAACCAGAAGUUUCUUCCAAGCGGAAACGAGAGAAGCAAACUUUGCUAAAAAAAGUCAACAACUUUACUUGACAACUUUACUUGGCAGUGGGAAUUUGAGAUGAUGAAAGCAAGGGUUGGAUUUGGAAAGGAAAACGUACUCCUCAAUCAACAGUAAAGAGAGCCUGUUUAAAGUAAACGAGAC